ACCAGUGCUCCCUCACCAACGCCUAUAUAAAGGACGGUUUAGCAUACUAAGAGACUCAGCAACGUAUUUCGCAAUGGCUCUUCUUGCUUCGCUCACAAACUUCCUCCCCUCCUCAAUCCGCCCUAGCCAACCCUCUCUCUCACUCUUCGGUCGCCCUCGUUCCGCCGCCGUCUCCCCCGGCGCUCGAUUCGCAAGAUGCGCUUUGAACGUUGAGGAUCAAGAUGUCACGAGACGUUCGGCGAAUUGGAAACCUAGCGUUUGGGACUAUGGCUUUGUGCAGUCACUCGAUGCUGAUUUUGCGGUGGAUAAAUAUACAGAGCAAGUUCACAGGUUGAAGGAAGAAGUCAAGGGUCAAUUCCACAGGGAGAUGAAUCAGGUGGCCGAGCUCGAGUUCAUUGACGUAGUUCAAAGACUAGGGCUCGGAUACCAUUUCGAGACGGAGAUCAAGAAUGCCCUCAGUUCCCUCUAUAACAACGCUGAAGAUGUUCAGCUUUCAGACGAUCUCUAUGCCGCUUCCCUUCGAUUCCGGCUACUGAGGCAACAUGGAUAUAAAGUACCGCAAGAUGUGUUCCAAAGGUUUAUGAACAAGACGGGUACGUUCCACGAAUCGCUCGAGAAGGAUGUGAAGGGGCUUCUUGGUCUUUAUGAGGCUUCUUUUCAUGGACUGGAAGGUGAAACCAUAGUUGAGGAAGCUGGGAACUUUGCUUCUAAGCAUCUGAAGGAUCUAAACCUCGACGACGUUCCCGCCAAUCUAGUGAGCGACGUGAGUCAUGCAUUAGAUAUGCCGAUCCACUGGAGGCCAAAUAGGUUGGAGGCUCGGUGGUUCAUGGACAUGUACGAGAAACAGCAAGACAGGAUCCCUUCUUUGCUACGAUUGGCUAAAUUAGACUUCAAUAUAGUGCAAUCAAUCCAUAAGAAGGAAGUUAGCAACAUGGCAAGGUGGUGGGUUGAACUUGGAGCGAAUGAGAUGACCUUCUGUAGGGACAGGCUAGUUGAACACUAUUUUUGGUGCUGUGCAAUGGUUUUUGAACCUCAAUAUACAGAUUUCAGAGAAAUGACGACCAAGAUCACUAGUAUGGUGACACUUAUUGAUGAUGUUUAUGAUGUGUACGGGACGCUGGAAGAGCUUGAGCUCUUAACAGAUUUUAUUGUCAGGUGGGACAUCACAGAUGUCGAUAAGCUUCCUCCAACAAUUAGGGCUUGUUUUCUGGCCCUGUACAACACAACCAACGAAAUUGGGUAUUGGACAAUGAGAGAGCGAGGAAUCAACCCUAUCCCUUACAUUCGGAAAGUGUGGGCGGACGAAUGCAAGGCGUACAUUAAGGAGGCCCGUUGGUACAACAAGGGCAUUAAACCUACACUGAAGGAGUACAUGGGCAAUGCGGUGGAUUCGAUCGGAGGGCUGAUUAUGCUGCUGCACAGCUACUUCCUGACCACAGACAAAUUAAUGGAAGAGGGAGUUGAUUACGUUUCCAAAAUUCCAAGUGUCAUGCACUGCUCUGGCAAGAUCCUUCGACUCAACAAUGAUCUCAGUACAUCAUCGUAUGAAUUGGCACGAGGGGACAACUUCAAGGCGCUGGAUUGCUACAUGAAUGAAACCGGCGCUUCGGAAGAUGCCGCGCGGGAACACGUUGGGCAUCUGGUGCGCGAAACCUGGAAGAAGAUGAAUAGAGAAGUGUUUGAGGACUACCCGUAUCCAGGGUUCAAGCCUUUUCUUGGUGCCUGCUUGAACUUGGCACGAGCUUCUCAAUGCUUUUACCAGUAUGGAGACGGACACGGCCUUCCCGAUAACGAAACCAAGGUCCAUAUUGUGUCGGCUUUAUUCGAAUCCGUGCCCCUUAAUUAGGGAUACAUUAUUGAUCGAGGUCUGGCUUUUGGAGAGAGCUUUUUACCUUAUGCGUGUCUUUUAGCUUUGGGGGUGUGUCUGAGUGCUCUAAGAUAGUGAUGGGUGUUUGUACAAGCUUCAUAAGAUUCGCCGGAGAAGCACAUGCUGUUCAGUGCUUUGUGCUUUGGCUGAUUAUAUGUAUUGUUGGUGAAAUUUGAAUGCUAAUGAAAAAAAAUACAGAGCACUACUUUA